AUGGGGCUCCUUUCGGAUUCGUUGGCGAUGAUGCGUGUGAAGUGGCAGAUGCGCUCUGUGAAGCUUCAGGUGCCGCCGGAGGAGGCGGACUUGCGCUUCUGCUAUGAAGUCAUGGACGAUGUCUCCCGCUCCUUCGCGGCCGUUGUGGCACAGCUGGCGGACCAGCAGCUCCGCGACGCCAUUUGCAUCUUUUACCUUGUCCUGCGUGCCCUCGACACCUUGGAGGACGACAUGAGUGUCCCGGUAAACGUGAAGCUGAAGGAGAUGCCAAAGUUUCACACGCGUAUGAGUGACACGAAUUGGUCCAUGACCGGCGUUGGCGAGGGACGCGAGCGUGAACUGCUGGAGAAGUACCCGUGCGUCGCGCGAGAGUUCAAGAAGCUGAGGAAGGAGUAUCAGGACGUCAUUGCCAACAUAUGUGAGCGCGUUGCGAACGGCAUGUGUGAGUUCCUGCAGCGCCCCGUGGUGACACUGGACGAUUACAACCUAUACUGCCACUAUGUCGCCGGCCUCGUCGGCCAUGGCCUCACUCACCUCUUCGCCCGCUGCGGCUUUGAGGACUCGCACCUGGACGAGGACCUCACCAAUUCCAACCACAUGGGCCUCUUCCUGCAGAAGACAAAUAUCAUCCGCGACUACUACGAGGACAUCUGCGAUGAGCCGCCGCGCAUGUUCUGGCCGAAGGACAUAUGGAGCCUUUACGCGACGGAGCUGAAGGAUCUAAAGAAGGAGUCGAACAGUGCGGCGGCGGUGCAGUGCCUGAAUGCCAUGGUGGCCGACGCCCUCGUGCACGUCCCGUACGUCGUGGACUAUCUUUCCACUCUGCAGGACCCGUCUGUGUUUCGCUUCUGCGCCAUCCCCCAGGUGAUGGCCAUUGCCACGUUGAAGGAGGUGUACAACAACCCCGACACAUUCCACGUUAAGGUCAAGGUGUCGCGGCCGGAGUCCUGCCGUAUCAUGCUCAAGACCACGACCCUCUACAGCUCUCUCAGCCUGUUCCGCGACUACUGCGUCGAGUUGCAGGAAACGCUAGACAUGGAUGACCCCAGCUCCACGUCUAUCGCCAACUCGCUUGCAGCGGCGAUUGAGCGGAUUGACAUGGAGCUGAAGAAGUGCCAGGAUGUCUCCUACACACGCAGCCUCCUUGCCCGCUACCCAGGCCUUGGAGGUCAGUUCGUGCUCACUGUCAUGGACACCGUCUCCGGUUUCUUUGGCGGCCGCAGGGAGAUCGUUGGCCACGCGUGA